UGGUGUAGACUACAUAACAACAUGGCUGCUUCUGUGGAACUUCGAACAUGUGAAACUCCGGGUUGUGACGGAAAAGCUAAACUGCAAUGUCCUACCUGUAUAAAACUGGGAAUAACUGGUUCUUACUUUUGUUCACAGGAGUGCUUUAAAGGAAUCUGGGGAGAACAUAAAAAAGUGCAUAAAAAAGCAAACUCUUCAGAGGUUAAUGGGUUAACUCAAAACUACAAUCCAUGGCCAGGAUUUCGUUUUACUGGGAAACUGAGACCAUAUCCAGUGACACCAAAAAGAAGAUUACCAGAUACUAUUCUUAGACCUGAUCAUGCUGACCAUCCUGAAGGUGUUCCUAUAUCUGAACGACAGAUGAGGGGAACAACAUCAAUCAAAGUUCUUAAUGAUGAAGAAAUUGAAGGCAUGAGAAUAGCUUGCAGGUUGGGUAGAGAAGUAUUAGAUGUAGCAGCUAGAGCUAUUGGUAUUGGUGUUACUACAGAAGAAAUAGACAGACAAGUUCAUGAAGCCUGUGUAGAUAGAGACUGUUAUCCUUCUCCUCUUAAUUACUACCAGUUUCCAAAAUCUUGCUGCACGUCUGUGAAUGAAGUUAUAUGUCAUGGUAUACCAGAUAAACGUCCUUUAGUAGAUGGAGAUAUUGUAAAUGUUGAUAUAUCUGUAUAUCAUAAAGGUUUCCAUGGUGAUUUAAAUGAAACAUUUUUUGUUGGUAAUGUUGAUGAAGAAUCAAAGAAAUUAGUUCAAACAACUUAUGAAUGUUUAAUGUUAGCUAUUAAUGAAGUGAAACCUGGUGUAAGAUAUAGAGAAAUAGGAAAUGUUAUUCAGAAACAUGCCCAUGCUAAUGGUUUUUCUGUUGUUAGAAGUUACUGUGGUCAUGGUAUUAACUCACUUUUUCAUACUGCGCCAAGUAUUCCACAUUACGCAAAAAACAAGGCUAUUGGUAUUAUAAAACCAGGUCAUACAUUUACGAUAGAACCUAUGAUAUCACAAGGUACAUUUAGAGAUGAGAUUUGGCCAGAUAAUUGGACUGCUGUAACUCAAGAUGGAAAACGAUCAGCCCAGUUUGAACAUACAUUAUUAGUAACAGAAGAAGGCUGUGAUAUUAUAACCAAAAGAUUGGAAAAGGAUGGACAACCACAUUUUAUGGAUGCAAAAUAAAAAAAAAUCAGAAUGGUUUUAGUUGGGAUAUUAUUGACUUUUGAACAAUUUAACCCUGCCCUUCCAACUUACUGAUCAGUGAUAUGUUGAAAUAUGUGAAUUAUAAUUCCAAAUCUGUAGAAUUACCUGAAAUGGUAAAACUUGACAGCCAAUAUCAGUAAUAAAAAAGCUUGUAUUUUCUGUAAAAAAAGGUAAGCUUAAAUUAUUUGGAAGGCAGUGAACAUUAUAUGGCUCUACAGGAGCUGUAAUAUGUGUUUUGGAAUGGUUUUAAGGAUAAAGUAGUUUUUGAUAGCUAAUAUUUUGAAAUAAAAUGAGAUCGUUUCUGAUACUUAUGUGGAUGUGGAGAAGAGCAAAUGUUUCUGUAGUGAGAUUCUGAGUUUGUAGUUUAGCUACACUUGUUUAUAUCAUGAUGAAUGAAUAUGAUGUAAAUUAUAUCUUAUAAAAGAAAUUACAUUUUUAUGAAUAACUUUGUGGGUUCACAAUAACACUACAGGAUGCAGAACUGUUCCAUUAUUAAAUCAUUUUCCCAUAGACGAAGACUAAAUCUGAUGCUAUUUUUUUUUUUUAUGGCUGUCUGAAUAUGCCAUUAACAGUGUAAGCUAUUUCUAUAUUAAUUUGGUUGAUUGUUUUGUUAAGCUUAAAUAUUCUAGAGAUAAAAUAUAAAGCAUAUUAUUAUGUAACUCUCAUCUCAUACCAGAUCAGCCCAAUAUAAAAAUAAAACCUUAUUUCAUAAUAUUUACAUUAUAACUUCUCCAAUAUCAGAUUUUAUGGAAAUGAUGUUUUUUGUUAAUUUCAUAAUUAUUGUACAUUGUAUGAAAUGUAUUGUAAUAAAAUUAUUCUGGGUUUAUGUAGUUGAUGGUGAUUGGGAGGAAUUGUGUCAUUACAACAAUUCAGACUUCCCAGGUAGCCAUGAAGUGUGAAACAUCAUCAGAUGAUUUUGGUGACGGUUGUGAAUUUUUUCACUUGGUACAUGUUACUAAGCUUAAGUUUAUGUUGUACCAGUAAUGCAAACAUUUUUAAUAAGUUUGACAACCUUCCUUCUGAUCAUUCCAGAACACAAGUGUACUGUCGUUAAUAGUCGUUUAGUUUUAAAUCCAGCCACCGAGAAAAAAUGUCUUGGUUUACAUAGUUCACAAUCACAACUCUAAAAUACAAAAAAAAUAUUCAAAUCUUUUGUAUUAUUUUUAUU